UACCUCGAGCUUUUGGCUAAGAUUUUUCACCAAUUCUCUUAAACAUUCUCCUUAGUUUCUGAAACUACCCUCAUCGGGUCUCCAAGAGGCCAAGAAAGGACCUCUUUCUCGGCUUCUCGGAGUCUCAUCAUUCUCUUUUUUCCACAUUUUCUUCCUCCACACGCCACCUCCAAAACAAAAACCUCUAAUUUUUUUUUUUCAAAAACAAAUGGAUUCCACGGAGAUAAAACGUGUGUUCCAAAUGUUCGAUAAGGACGGAGACGGAAAGAUCACUACAAAGGAGCUCAGCGAGUCAUUAAAGAACCUCGGGAUCAUGAUACCCGAAAGCGAGCUAACGCAGAUUAUCCAAAAGAUCGAUGUUAAUGGUGACGGUUGUGUUGACAUUGAAGAGUUUGGAGAGCUUUACAAGACGAUAAUGGUCGGAGACGAGGACGAGGUAGGAGAAGAAGAUAUGAAGGAAGCGUUCAACGUGUUUGAUCGGAACGGAGACGGGUUUAUCACGGUGGAAGAAUUGAAAGCGGUUCUAUCUUCCUUGGGACUCAAGCAAGGUAAGACCUUGGAGGAAUGUAGGAAGAUGAUAAUGCAAGUGGACGUUGACGGUGAUGGUAGGGUUAAUUACAUGGAGUUUAGACAAAUGAUGAAAAAGGGUCGCUUUUUUAGCUCAGUGAGCUGAUAUUAACUUUUCACUUUUUUUUUUUUAAGUUUCUUUUGUUUUUAAUUUUUGUUAAUUUAUAUAACCAUUUGCGGUCUGGAAAGAAGAUCAUAAACGAAAUAUAUCAUUGUUUAGACUUGCAAGAUAACAUUGUAAAAAACUGUAGAUGCGUCUGUUUAUAACGUGAUGAGUGAUGAUGCUUUCUUCAACAUUAA